UCGAAUGAGCCUUGACGGGGAUCGUGUAGACGGGGUAAGGGAACUCCCAAGACCCGCUCGGCUCGAGUCGCUCCCGCUCCAAGGCGCCUUUACACCAUGGAAGCCGCCGCGUCUAAUCGCGCAUAGAACCUACGGACGUCCCCAGAGUUGCUGCCGAGGACUGAGGCCGUGAUUGACCAUGACGUCUUUUGCUGUGGACGUGCCGUACAAAAAUGACACCAUCGUACCCAGCAUUGGCGAGCUGGACGACUAUCUUACAGAGCACAACUCCAAUGUCGGCUGGCUGCUUGCUGCAACGAUCCUGUCAUGCGGAUGGAUCAUCUACUUGACCUACUAUAACUCGCGUAAUAUGGGCUUUGUCCUCACCAUCUUGUUAAACCGCUUUUAUAAAUAUGGACACAUCCACUUUGGCUCUUUCACUUUCUCGGUGUUGUCUGGAAAAGUCAUGUUCCGUGAUGUUCACUUUGUCAACAAAGACAUGUCUAUCCGGAUACAGGACGGAUUGCUUAUCUUCAGAUGGUGGCGAAUAUACAACCCAAAACAAAAGCACAACGUCGAUACGAAGCGUCUGAUCCCCGGGCAGGAGACGCGGCUGCACGGCACUCUUAAUGGCUUCGAGCUGCACGUGUACAACCGCUCGUCGCUGUACGCGCACGUGGAGGAGGUGUUCGGCCUGGAGCCGACCGUCAUCCUGCCCCCCAAGGACAAGCCCCCGUGCAAGGCCGCUCCGAAGCCUGACAGUACGCAAGCUAAAAAGCCCGAGACUGAAGACCCAGCAUCGUCGUGGAGGUCUCUGAUUCCUGUCAUUAAGCUGGACAUUCAUUCCGGCCGGCUGGUGUUUGGCAACCGCCUGCUGCCCCAGACGCUGUGCGUCAACUUCGACGACGCCUUCCUGACGUACACGACCAAGCCGCCGUCGAGCCACCUGGACGAGUUCAUGCACAUCGUGAAGGGCAAGCUGGAGAACGUGCGCGUCAUGCUGGUGCCCAGCCCGCGCUACGCCGGCAUGCAGCAGGACGAGCCUCCGCGCUCGAUGGGGGAAGGCUUUGUGGUCAUGUUGUCUAACGAUGUGGACAUGUACUACUACAUGGAUAAGCCAGGCCUGGUGCCAGAGGAGAGCGAGGAGAGCUCCGAGGACAGUUCUGGCAGUGAAACCUCCAAGCUGCAGGACCUGCCACCCUGCUGGGGGCUCGACAUUGUGUGCGGCAAGGCCACGGACUUCAACUACGGGCCCUGGGCUGAUAAACAGAGGGAGCAUCUCUGGAAGUUCUUUUUCCCAAGUGACUACCAACCCAUGAAGGUCACGGAGAUGGCCAAGCCAGGCGAGCUGCGGCAGAACCUGGCCUUUGAGUUGCGCAUGAAUAUCAUUGCAGAUGCCACCAUGGACUUGCUCUUCACCAAGAACCGGGAAACCAAUGCAAUUCAUGUGAACAUUGGGGCAGGAUCAUAUCUGGAGGUGAACAUACCUAUGAUUGUGGGUGAAAAUGGUUUUGCCUCCACCAUCAAAGGGCAGCUGUUACAUGUGGAUGCGACCAGCAGCAUGCAGUACCGUUCCCUCCUGGAGGCUGAGACACUGGCGUUUCAUGUCAAUGCCAACUACUCGUUGCUGUGGAACAUGCACCAGGCGUGGCAGUGCGAGAUUGAGGUCUGCAAAGCCACCUACUACUUCAUAUUUGCACAGAAGAACUUCUUUCAAGAUUUGAUUGAGGACUGGACGAACGACAACCCGUUGGACAUCUGCUCGUUUGUGCCGUACACCUGGAACUUCAAGGUGAUUCUGCACCAGUUUGAGAUGGUGUGGGCUGCCAACCAGUACAACUGGAUCGACUGCUCCACCAGGCAGCAAGAGAAUGUUUAUCUCGCUGCGUGUGGGGAGGUGCUGAACAUCGAUUUCUGUCUUCCUUACAUCGACUUCCUUCCGGCAACCUGCAACAUCAAGUUUGUCCUGAAGUCGGAGGACGUGGAGCUCCGCCUCUUCCUGCCGGAGAGCCACAGCAGCCGCUACUCGCUGCUGUCGCUCGCCAAGAACAGCUGCUCGGCGGGCCGGUGCGACGCGCCGCCGAGCCCCACGGCCCCCGAGCACGCCGGCGCCAAGCUCAAGAACAAGUGGCGCAAUCUCACCGACGCCGAGCAGGGCUGGAUCGACUGCUGGGACGUGCCGUCCCUGCAGCUGACGUUCGAUUACACGUGGCAUCCCAUCUACCCCGACAAGGCUGACGAGCAGCUCAAGCACUCACUGUCGGAGCUGGAGGAGGAGCUGCUUGCGGCCCUGCGGCCCUUGCCGCCAUCGUCACGCGACCGCCGGCCCUCCAGCCCACGGGCCACCUCCACCGGCGGCGGCGGAGGUCGCCACUCCCCGUCGGCCGGCACGUCCCACCCGCUGCCCUCCGCCGCCGACUUCGACCCCACGCUGCUUCUGCCCGACCGCUUCCACGUGGAGCUGGAGGUGGCGGCAGGCUCCCACGUGCUGCUGUACGGGCCGCUGCUGCAGGGCGUCCUCGCCGUCAAGGAGAACUACUUUGGCGUGUACGACAAGUACACGGACUUCGAGUCGUCGCCGCCCAGCCCGGGCAUGUCGGCGUCACCCUCGGGCGCUUCGGAGUGGAUGUCGGUGCGGGUGGAGGAGGAGGGCCGGCGGGAGCGUGGCGAGGGGCUGCACCCGCUCUCGCUGCGCCCCUGGGACAUCACGGUGCUGUGCAACCUGCACCAGGUUCACGGCAAGAUGCCAACGCACUGCAGCGCGGAGAGCUCCGAGUGUCCGUACGGAUUCCUGGAGCAGCUCUGCUUCGAGAUGAAGAAGGGCUACAGGGAGACAGUCCUGCAGCUCGUGAUGUCCCCCAUCACCAUCUACCUGAGUGACUCGUAUCAGAGGCCGUCUGCCGGCAGUCACCUGGGCAAGGGACACCUGAGCCUGUCGGGUCUGCAGAUGAGGGCCCACGCGAUGUUCUCGGGCAAGGGCCUGCUGCCGGGCAGCGACACCUUGGAGUACGCGUGGCUCAUCGACCUGACGCUCGGGAAGCUGGCCGCUCGACUCACCGCCCCACAGCUGAGCACGCUGCUGGCAUGGGUCAAGACGUUUGCGUUCCACGUGCAGUGUGAGGAGUUUGAGCUGGAGAAGCCGAACCCGGUCAUGCCAUGUCAGCAUGGCAUGGACCAGCGGCACUGCGACGCGAUGAAUUCAGCCACCUCGGCUGUCUGCCCACUGCCGGAUGACCUCAAGUACAAGAUGACUCGGCUGAGCAUAGAUGGGCUCGAUCUGUUUCUGGUUGAGUAUGGAUGUGCUGCUAAUUUUAAGGUGGGCUCCGUGCGGAUCGCCACGUGCAACCUGCACAACCACAGCGUGAGCGAGGGCGUCUCGGCCUUGGUGCGCGACGUCACCCUCACGCAGUACUUCGAGCAGCCGUGCGCCACCACCGCCGAGCCCUCCUGGGCCUCGCCGCCGCAACCCACCGCCGCCUCGAAUUCCGCCGGCGCUUCGGCGGCGGCGCAGGCGCCGGUGCCGCCGCGCCGGCAGUGCUGGCUCGAGGCGGCCUCCGCUUCCUUCUCGGUGGUGAGCGCCGACGUGGCGCUCGCCACCGAGCUGCCGCUGCAGCACGUGGAGCAGCGGCGCUUCCUGGAGCUGCACGACGGUCACACCAAGCGGCUGUGGUUCCUGUGGCCUGAUGGUGGCGUGGGGGUGGCGGCAGGGCACCUGCACGGCCGCUGCGGGUGUCUGGGCGGCUGCUGGUUCUUCGCGGGGACGGCCCCGGGCUGGGAGCAGAUGCAGGCGGAAGAGGGGUCUCCCUCCAGCUCCUCGGACGCCUCCAGCCCCGAGACGGAGGCUCAGCUCAGCUACGGGCAGUCGCUGCUACGCCCGGGGGAGCUUCUCCUCCAUGCCGGCGCCGCAGUCACCGUCAAGUCAGGCAGCCGCUCCGAGAUGGCCAGUGCCGGCCACUCCCUGCAGGUGCCGCCACGCAGCCACUCGCACACGCCGUCGUCGUCGUCCUCCUUGGAGGGCGAGGUCAGCUACUCGUCGGGCUCGGAGCUGCCGCUGCUGGCGCGCGACAGGGCCGUCCGGGACUCGAGCCCCGUGGAGCUCGGGGCGCCCUCCUUCUCACCUCCGCCCCUGCCGCCGGGAUCCUGCGCCGAUGCCGAUGUCUGCGUUCCCGAUGGAUCGACAACGUUGGCCACGACGCAGGAGGGCGGCCAGCUGCGAUCGCCCCUCCGCGCUCCGCUCCUCCGCCAGGCGUCCAUCGGCUCGGCGCACACAGGCAGCUCGCGCAGCCUCUCGGGGCCUCCUGACCGGCACUCCCCGACGGGGCCGCCCGCCCUCUUCUGCCCAGCCAGCGAAACUUCGUCCUUCCAGCCGGCCUAUCCGUUCGCUGUGCCGCCGUCGCCGCCGCCGCUGCCUCCUCCGCCGCCGCCGCCUCCGCUUCCGCCACCGCCUCCAUCUCUGCCGCCUCCACCGCCGCCCGAUUCGCCACCGCUGCGGCACAGCGUGGGUUCCUUCCCGACUUCCGUCGGUUCCAACGGCUCCUUCCGGCACUACCACUCGCUCGAGUCGAACAUCUCCGUGGCGGAGAGCGAGGCUUACUACUCGGCCACGGAGGACAUGGACGCGGCGAGCAGCGACGAGGCACCCGCCUCCUUCACUGUGCCGCGCCGGACCCGGCGUGUCGCCGCGCAGCAUCAACACCAGCACCAGCAGCUGCAGCUUGGGUCCGGCUACAGCUACGUCAGCUUCCAUCAGCCGCAGCAGCAACAGCAACAGCAGCAGCAGGCGUGCUCGUGGUCGCUGCAGGCCACGAGCCGCAGCACCGUGUACCAGAGCUGCGAGGGCAUGGAGGAGCUGCCCGCGGCGUCCGUCUGGCCGGUGCUGUCGCAGCCGCAGCCCGAGCAGCGCGUGCUGCCGUCCGUCGCGCAGGCGUCUCAGGCGGCGUUCCUCUCUGUGCUGGGCGGGCCCGAGGGAUUCGAGGAGCAGCACCGGGCGUCAGCGUCGGCCUCCUCGGCCUCGGCGUGCGGCUCGGCAACGCGAGACUCCACCGAGACGCCCGAGGCGGCGGAGCCGGAAGCCGCUGGCGACCGCGGUGCCCCGGCGGACGCGGGGGCGGCGGGGCAGUCCAUCUCGCGGCAGCCGGAGCUCAUGCUGUGCUACGCCGGCGCGCUCACCGCUCUGCAGGCCGCCGACUGGGCCGUGCGCCACGCGCCACAGAAGAGGGCCUCCAAGUCGUCGCUGCACCGGCCCCUCGACCUUGACACGCCGCCCGCGGUCGACGAUGCCGAGCCGCUGUCGGACUACCCGGCCCUGCCCGUGUUCCGCGUCAUCAAGCAAGGGCUGAGCGCCAGCGCCAUGAAAGACCGUGCCUCUCAAGAGGCGACCACCUCCAGCAACGUGUGCUACAUGUCCCUGAACGACCGGCGGUCGGGCCACUCGGCCACUGACGAGGUCACUUCUGAGGAGGCCGACCCUGGGCCCAGCAUAGGCCCGGCCAAGACGAUGGCCGUGGUGGAGGUGAAGGGAGCUCUGGAUGUGGUGUGUACGCCGCUGCUGGCCGAGGCCCUGGACAGGUACGUGCAGGCGCUGGUGUACCACGUGGGCACGCUGCACGCAUCUACCGUCGUGGAGAAGCUGCACCAGAGCUCGCUGUCCGACGUGCUGCAGCAGAGCAAGGCCCUUGCUGCCGACACGGUUUCCGCCAAGUCGGAUGGCCGCAGCGCGAAGACGGAGGGCAAGACCCUGUCAACGGCCGCCUCCGCCCCCCUGUUGGGUGACGGCGCGGUACGGGAUGGCGGCACGAUCAAGAGCCUGCAGGCCACCGUCUCUAUUCCCAAGAUCAACUUGUGCCUGCUGCAAGCGUCGCUGGAGGAGUCAGUGGUGAGUGGCGGUACGGUGGUGCAGAGCUCGCCCUGCAUGUCGCUCGUGUGCAUCUGCAUCGACUCGCUGUCCUGCCAGCUGCUUAUGAACAGGCGAGUCAUGGAGGAGGGGGGUCGUGCGGGCGGCACCCUGGACAGCGGCGGGGGCCCCGCCGGGAAGUUGCAGCCUCGCUGCACGGGCUCCCUGCGCUCCAACGCGCCGGCCGAGACCGCCAUCGAGAUCGCCGCCCGCCUCGGAAUCCGGCGGAUCCACGGACAGCUCAGGGGCCUCGUGGCUUCGGGCCAAGACGUGGAGAGAAGCAUCAUCACAGCCAUCCCCUCGGACAAGUCGCGCGUUCUCUUCCUCAUGGAGGAGGCCGAGGCCUUCUCAUUCUCGGCGGAGGGCGACAAAGUGGCACAAGAGUCAUCCGCCGGUGGGCCCGGGGUGGAGGGCGGCUCGCAGAAAGCCGCGCCCGACGCCUGGGGAUGGAUCAUGUUCGAGUGCGGCAUCGAGGACGUGCUCAUCAAAGGAGGCAGGCAGAAGGGGGCUCUGUACGGCCUGGCCACUGGAGCGGAGCGCUCCGGGGGCCUCUCGAGCUCCCCCACGGGCAGCGGCUACAGCACGGACGACUCGGACGCCACGCCACGCGCCGACGACAGCCGCCGCCCCUCCUGGGGCGACAGCCACUCCAGCUGCAACGAGCAGGAUGAAGGCGUGGAGUCGGACGACCUCAAGAAGGACCUGCCGCUGACCGUUCCUCCGCAGGACUCGUGCAGCGUGAAACUCGCCAUCAAAACCAUCUGGUUCAGCUUCGCCGCCCCGACCAAGCUGUCGACGGCGCAGGGCUACUCGCGGCAGCUGAAUCUGCUGAGCACGGCGAGCCCGGCGAUCGGCGCGUGGCUCGUUCCCGUGGAUCAGCUCAAGUCGACGCUGGACAAGCUGGAGACGGAGGAGACGCUGCGGAUGUGUGCCGUCAUGGCGUGCAUCAUGACCGAGGCUCUCAAGGUGCAGAGCAUUCACAUCCCUCUGAAGAGCAGAUACUGCCGCGUGUCAAAGCAGGCCCGCCUCCUGCAGGACAACCCAUCCUGCCAGCUGUGCAACAUCCUGCACCGCUACCUGCACCAGGCCGACUACACCCGCAUCCAGGAGGCCACCACCGCGGGUGGCCUCCCUGCGCUCGUGACGCUCAAGAAGGGCCUCAUCGCCCUGACGCGACAGUGGAUGAACUUCAUCGUGGUCACGUCGGGGCUCGUCGAGCUGGGCCGCCUGGGCUCCAAGAACCUGUCCAAGCUGCAGGCGGCCUCGCACCACGCGCACAACGCCGCUCAGGCGCACGCCGCCGCGGCCGCCCACACGGCCGCGAACGCCGCGGCCGCCGCGGUCGCCGCCACAGUGGCCGCAGCCGCCGGCGUCGUCCUGGUGCCCUCGGAGAGCCGUGGCGUGCUGCACAGUGACGCGAGCGGGGACGGCGCUGAGAUGGAUUACGACGCAGGCACGGUGAGCGAGCACACCAUGCUGCUCGAGAUGGGCGCUCACGUUGGACACAAGACCCCCCCGGCUCACUCCGGGCCUGUGUCUGGCUCUGACAUUCUCAUGAGGAAACUCUCCAAGCCUCACAAUGCCGAGUCGGCGUUCAAGAUCAGGCAGGGCAUCCAUCCGUAUCAGUCGCUCAGCCACACGAGCGGCGAGACGGUGGGGCCCGACUCGCCCGCCCACCAGGCCGGCCGCUUCUCUUCUGCCGUUGCCGCGGCCGCCACGGCCACCACAGCCACCGCGCCGGGCCAGCACGAGACUCCUCGCAAGGAGAGCCUCCUGAGCUAUCUGACCGGCAGCAUCCCGAGCCUUCCCAACCUGUGGGAGGGCACCACGCCACUGAAGGCGGGCGGCCCGUCCGCCAGCAAGAGCACCUCGCUCACACGGGCCGGCCCUGGCAUGGGACUGGCCGAGGGCCUCCCUGAGCACCCUCUGCUCUCGGAGCCGUCCAGCGUCAGCUUCUACAACUGGAUGUCACAGGCAGUUGGUGGGCGGGCAGCAGCAGCGGCGGCCGUGCCGCCGGACUCGCCGCCGGUCAGACGUCCCACUCAUGGAAACGCCGCGGGCGACGGCAGCGCGCUUCCCCUGGCGUCGUCAGCAGCAGACUUCAACGCGGCGCUGUCGAGUGGCCAGAACUCGCCGGACGAGACACAGUCCCAGCUGAGCGCCAGCCUGGAGACCGUCAUCGGCCUGGAGGGAGCCCAGGGACUCCCAGCCGUGCAGCUCGCCGACGCACAGGUCGUGUUCCGACCGCUGCUGAAGCAGCUGAGGAUCCACUCGCAGGAGGCGGUGCCCGUGAGCUACCGCAAGCACGUGGGCGGGCACGUGUCGCUGUCGGGCACGCUGCACUGCCUGCGCGCCGACAUCGUCGACUCGGAUGCCUCCCGGUCACGCAGCUCGCGAAAAACGGCCAGGUUACAGCCCUCGCUGCCCCCCGAUGACGCUCAAGUGGCCGCGCCGGCCCUGAUGUUCGACACCUUCAAGAUCUGCGCCAUUGUGCAGGACAAGUCGGCCGAGACCCAAGGAACCCUUUACGGCGCUGGUGGCGGUGGCCGCGGCGGCUUCGGCCUGCACGAGCGCAGCCGCGCCUUGCCGCGCGCCGCCUUCCACGCCAACUUCACCGUCUCUUGCCAGUCCAUCGACCAGCGCAUCAACAUGGCGCUCGUGCGGCUCGUGCACCAGUUCUGCACCGUCAUAGCGGAUGUGCGCGCCACGCAGACCGACAUCCGCCUCAGUCGAUACUCGGCGGGCUCCACGUCUCCCACGCCGGCGUACUACGCCACUGUGAGACCGCGGGGGGGUGGCGGCGCAGGAGCGGCGGGCGUGAGGGGGGCCGCCGCCGCCGCCGCUCCAGAGACGACCGGGCCCGGCUCGCGGGGAUGCCUGGAAACGGGCGGCACCGGCAUUCAGGCCAGACGCGGCAGCGGCACCAAGAACUCGCGCAGGGUGGGCACCGUGGCGGAGGCACCGGCGGCAAGCGCCGGGCCGGCGCGCCGCGGCAAGCCGGCGGGCCGCGGCGAGCGCAAGUCCUCGCGUACGACGACGCGCAAGGGCUCGCGCGACGGCAUCCUGGAACCCGUGACGGACUCGGACUCGGUGACGGUGUCGGAGCAGAGCGAGCCGUCGGCCGAGUGCUGGCAGCACAUGUACAAGCUGCUCAACUUCUACUCGCUCAUCGCCGACCCGGCCGGCGUCAUGCAGCACGCGUCGCCGCUGACGCUGGCCGACUCCGGGCGGCACCGCGACGACAACGCAGGGAGUCCCGGUGACCCAUUCUGCCGCAUCGCCUUCGAGAACGAGGUGGAGGCGGCGGCGGCCGCGGCAGCGGCCGCGGCAGCAGCCGGGCGGCCUCCGCGCUGGCGCGUGGGCUCGGUGGGUGCCGCCGAGCCUCAGCACGUGACGCUCGUGGUGUUUGGCGUGGGCAUCGUGAACCACACACGGCUGCAGGCCGACAUCGGCGGCCUCACCAUGGAGGCGGAGCUGCGCAAGGCGCACGGCAGCUUCACGCUCAAGGAGAAGAUGCGAGACGUGUAUCACCAGAAGACCACGGAGACGUGCGCGACGGCGCACGUGGGCUCCGUCACGGCGGUGCUUCUCGAGGGCAUUGCUCCCAACAUGCAGACGGUGGUGAAGUGCAGCGUCGCCAAGUCGCAGGCGCUCUACACGGCGCUGCGUGGCGCUCGCACCAAGAACUCGGCCGUGCUCAGGGUGGGCGCCGUCAAGGUGGACAUCCCACAGCACCCGGCCACGCUGCACGGCAUGAUGGUGCGCAGCUCCCACCAGCUCUCCAAGCAGAUCUCCGACCUCAUCCGCCAGCCGGCUCAGAGGGACGAACCACAGGCUCAGGGGGCGGCAGGGAGCCAGAGCGCACCGCAGUCGGUUCCGCGCACUGCCAGCAGCCAGACCCAGACGCCGCUGGAGCCCAGCGACUUCCCGCAGCUGCCCGAGAGUCUGGAGCGCCGGCCGCUCGUGCUCAAGUUUGACGCCAUCCUCGACGGGGUGACCAUCGGCGCCGCGCUCCUCCCCUCGCUCCGCGCCGAGUACAAGAUGGAAACCAUGAAGAGCCACGGCAUCACCGGCGCGCAGACGCAGUUCAAGUUCGAGCUGCCGUCCCACCUGCUGAGCCUGACGUCGCGGGUGGCGUCGGCCGAGUCGGUGGGAACGCUGCCCUCCACCAAGCUGGCGCUGCCGCGCAUCGCCGUGUCGGGGGAGUAUGUGAUGGAGGAGCACGGGGUCUUCGCGCCCGAGGAGUGGACUAGCGACGGACUCACCACGCGACGCGGGGACUACCUGCAGUGCGUGGCCGAGAUUGGCUCAUUCGAGCACAACCUGAGCACGGAUUUGCUGCAUCACCUCGUUUUCGUGCAAAAAGUCUUCAUGAAGGAGGUGAACGAGGUCAUCCAGAAAGUGUCGGGCGGAGAGCAACCCAUUCCCCUGUGGAACGAGCAGGACGUAGGCAGCGCAGACGGGGAAAGGCCUAAACCUCUUCUCUACUCUCUGCAGCUCCGCUUUCAGGGAGUGCAGGUGACGGCCACCACGCCCACCAUGAGCGCAGUUCGCUUCGAGACGGGAGUCAUUGAGUUGGUGCUGUCCAAUCGCAUCCAGACCAAGGCAUACGCUGGGCUGGGCCGCAGCGGCAGCUACCUCAAGCUGUUCGGAAAGUGUCAGGUCGACCUGUACCUGGCCCUGGGGCAGAUCGUCAGCAACCAGGUGUACAAGGAGGCGGUCUCCGAGUUCCAUCAGGUGGCUUACUUCCGCACACGCAUCGGCCUCCGGAACGCCCUGCAGAACGAGAUGAGCGGCUCGCAGGACCGCGAGGCCGUGCUCAUCACUCUGGACCGGCCCAUCGUGUACGCCCAGCCCGUCGCCUUUGACAAAGCUGUGCUCUUCUGGCUGAACUACAAGGCGGCGUACGAGUACUGGAACGAGCAGCGCAUGGCGCUGGGUCGCGACGUCUACAUGGCCACGCGGGAGUUGGUCGACAAGUUGCCCACCAUCUCGCAGACCCCCUCGCAGGCCUUCAGCACGCUCAUCCUGCAGCUCACCGUCAACGAGCUUGGCAUCUGCCUGCCCAUAGGAGCCACCUCACAGCUGAACCAAUACUUGGACGAGGACCCCGGUUCGGCGCUGGUGCUUACGGUGGAGAGCACCCUCAUCUCGGCCUGCUCCUCCGAGUCUCUCGUCAGCAAGGGCCACUUCAAGAACUUCUGCCUCCGCUUCGCCGAGGAGUUUGAGACGUCCUGGGACGACUGGAAGCCCGAGCUGCGCAACGGGACCGUCAUGAACGCAUGCGUGGUUCCAGAUGGGACCUACGAAGUCUGUUCACGCACUACGGGGCAGUCUGCAGCAGACAGCGGCAGUGCGGGCACGUGGAUGCUGAACGUGCUGUGGAAGAUGUGCGGCAUCGACGUACACAUGGACCCGAGCAUCGGCAAGUGGCUGAACACGCUGGGCAGCACGCUAACCACGCUGACGGGCGAGGAGGACCUGGACGACAUCGCGGAUCUCACGUCCGUGCUGGAGCACGGCAUCUCCGACGAGGACGAGCCCGACGGCGUCGCCACUCCCUUCCUGCAUACGGACGUGUCGGAUUUCAGGCGGCAGCCGUCUCUGGGAGGCCCCAGCACCGAGCUGUCGCUCAGGAGGACGUCGAAACGUCUCAUCGAGAGGGAGCUCAACGAGCAGGCCAAAGUCAUCGAUGACCUCAAGAAACUCGGGGCGAGUGAAAGCACCAUCAACCAGGAGAUCCAGCGCUACCAGGCCCUUGAGACGUUCGCUGUCAAAGACAUCAGGAGGGACGUGCGCAAGAAGCUCAAGCGCUCCAGCAUCGGGGCCGUGUCUCUUAAGGAUCGCUGGGGCCUGAGCUACAAGCCGAGCCGCUCCAAGAGCAUUGCGGCGAGCGGGCGGCCCAGCCUGAGUCGCGUCGGCCGCUCACGUCACAUCGAUGGAGAUGAUUUGCCGGAGAUCCGAAUUUACGAGGCCACAACUCCCAUGCCCAGAGUGACUUUUGACAUCCACAAGCCGUCUGUGCUGGGUUAUGUGCCCGAGGAAAGAUAUUCAGCUCGAGACAACCUGUACUUCAAGUUUCCGGAGGAGACGGAGGCGGACUUGCUGUCCGUGGUCGGCGAUGACGUGCUGCGCCUCAGUCCGAUGAGCGACGGCCCGAGCUCCGUGUUUGCCAGCCCCACGCCGAGUCCGUACCUGCCGUCCCGCGGCGCCACCGCCGAUUCCCUGCCGCCGCCGUCGCGACCGCCCGCCAUGCCCCCCCGCCAGCUACCGCCGCCGCUGCCGCCCGGCCCCGGCCGCACUUUCCCCGCCGCCGCCGCUGCCGCUGACGCCGACGACGCCGCCGACGACGACGAGGACGUGCCGGACGGGCCCGCCGAGGAGAGCGACUCCACUUACACGGACGACACGGAGAAGGAGGACGAGGAAGUUGAGGAGCAGAGGCAGCACAAGGCGCGGCGGCGGUCGGAUCAGCGGCGGCGGCGAGGCCUGCGGAGCCCGCGCCUCCUGGGCAGCAGCAGCGAGCGCGUGCCCCCGGUGGUGAGCGCCGCGGCUGCCGCGGCCGCCGCGGAGCGCAACAUCGACUUCAAGCUGGACGUGCGCGUGGAGAUCGACAGCGGCAAGUGCGUGCUGCACCCCAGCAUCGUGUCGCAGCCGGCCGACGCCGACGAGUCGUCGUUAAAACGGGAGAAGGGCGGGCGAGCGGGACAGGAGUCGCCCACGGGCAAGCGGUGCGCCUCCGGGCUCGGCAGUGGGAUCCUCGGCGGCUACAAGAAGGUGCCAUCCACCUUGCAGACCAAGGGCAUGGACCUGGAGACCACCGUCUUCUACAUCCCUGGAGUAGAAGUCAAGGUUCACUACAACUCCAAGACGGUGAAGCUGGAAUCUCCCAACAUUUCUCGCGGCUCUUCACUCAGCCGCUCGCAGUCCAAGGAGUCCAAGCUGUCAGCCAUGAAGGACUUCAAUUACCAAGUGGGCAAAGGCCUGCCCCAGGCACCACCGCCACCCACGGCAGGCAAGGCCAAGGUGGGCGGUGGCAUAAAGACGGCCAAGCUGUUCGCGUGGGUGUCCCUGCAGUCGCUGCCGGAGGAGAUGGUCAUCAGCCCGUGCCUGCUGGACUUCUUGGAGAAGGCGCUGGAGCUCAUUCCCAUCACACCCAUCGACCACCAGCCUUCUGCUUUGCUGCAGCCUCAGGAGGAGGAGGUGGGACACUUUGAUGUGACGGUGGAGCCCCUGGAAGAGUCGACCACCUCACUGGUGUCAUCCUCCACCUCCUCGUACUCCUCUUUCCCUGUUGACGUCGUUGUGUACGUCCGCAUGCAACCAUCACAGAUCCGCUUCAGCUGCCUGCCCGUGUCACGGGUGGAGUGCCUCCUCAAGCUGCCCUCCCUCGACCUCGUCUUCUCCUCCAAUCGGGUCGAUCCAGAGGCCUCUGGCGCUUCGUGCGGCAGUGGCGGCGGCGGCGGCGGCGGUGGUGGUGUUAGUGGUGGUGCCAGUGGCCUGGGGUCAUCUGCUGAGAGCACUGGCUCUUCCCUGGCCCAGAUGGUGCUACGCACGGCCGCAAGCAAGGCAGCCGGGCUGCAAGGCACCGGUUCCAGCGUGCCGGGGUCGCACACGUCGCGCACGCGGCACCUCAGCAACCAGUCUGACGGCGGCGCCAGCAGCAUGAGCGCCUUGCCCGGCAACUGCAGCGGCCUCAGCUUCACGGCCAUCAUGUCAGACUUCUCCUUCUACGUCUUCCACCCGUACGGCGGCAAGCAGAAGUCCGGCGUCGCGGCGAUGGCCACGAGCAACGUGCCAGGGCUUACGGCAGAGGAGCCUUCCUCUGCCACGGGUCGCAAGGACUCGCUGAGCAUCAACCUGGAGUUUGUGAAGGUCAGUCUAUCGCGCAUGCGCAAGACAGGAGCCGUGCUCACCUACGAGACCCCUUCUUCCUCCGGGAAGACCGGGAACAAGAUGGAGACCACGCUGAUCAACAUCUCGGCCGUAUGCGAUAUCGGCUCUGCAUCAUUCAAGUACGACAUGCGGCGUCUGAGCGAGAUUCUGGACUUCCCCAAGGCGUGGUACCGUCGUAGCAUCGCCCGCAGACUCUUCCUGGGUGACCAGACCAUCGCUAACAUGCCAACGUCGGUGGCGGGUACCCCGGAGUCUGCCGACGGCGUGCCCUCCCACCUCUCCCCGGAGUCUGCGCGAAAGGCCUACCUGCGCACGUGGGACACGCAGUCGGGCCAGGGCUCGCCCUCGGGGUUCCCGUACGUGCCGCCGUCGCCCAGCGUGUACAGCGUGCCGCCCUCGGGGUCGCCGCUCGGAGUCAAGUCGCCCACGCACACUCGUCUGCGCAGCGCGUCCGAGUCCUCGGCCAGCCGCGCCGGUCCGUCGAUGACUCGCACAGAUUCAGGCUCCCACGCCAAAACGUCCACUCCAGCCACUGCCAAGAGCCCCGACGGGAGCAAGAGCAAGGCGGCAGCGGCGGCGGCAGCGGCGGCGCAACAGAGCGCCCCCUGGGAGACGCUGGUGCUGUUCGCCGUCAACCUCGCUCAGCUCAACGUGCAGAUGAACAUGAGCAACGUCAUGGGAAACACCACGUGGAACACGAAGGGCGUGAAGACGCAGGGCCGCGUGUCCGUGGGCAGCAACAUGGACAGGGACAUCAAAAUGACCCUGGGGCUCGGCAGCUCGCAGCUCGACUCCAAGGGCGGCGUCGUCGGAGGCACAGUCAGGGUCAACACGCUGGAGAUGGUCGCCUUCAUCUCGGAACACCCCACCAAGGAGCCACGGCACCGCGUGCAGACGUCGCUGGGCUCCACGGAGGCGCGGGUCGACUACAUGGGCUCCAGCAUCCUGAUGGGCAUCUUCAACAACGCCGACCUGGAGCUGCACGACGAGUGGAAGGCGAACCCCAACCACACGGUCGGCCUCAGCGACUCGACGUUCACCGAUAAGACGAAGGUCUUUGUGCACGGAGACCUGUCGUGGAGCGUCUUCCAGGUGAUGAUUUCACGCUCCACCACGCCGGACCUCGUUCGCAUCGGCGUGAAGCUGCAGGAGUUCUUCACGCAGCAGUUCGACACCAGCAAGCGCGCCCUCUCCACGUGGGGUCCCGUGCUCUACGGCCCGCACAAAGUCGCUCCUGCUGCACAAGAGAAAGCCACGGACGAAGAGAGUCUCCUCGACACGGUGCUGCACCGCCACUGGCCGAGCGUGCUCCGCACGGUGUGCGGCUGCCAGCUGUCCAUCUUCCCGCGCCCGCUGCCCGACAGCGCCGUGCUGCUCGGGGGCAGCGUGGGCCUGCACGGUGACCACAUGACGCUCGCCUGCUUCCACGGGGUCAACUUCCGCGCCAAAUCCUGGGCCCUCUUCCAUCUCGAGGGCCCGAACAUCUUCUUCUGCACCGAAGCGCAGGAGAUUCACCAGGAGGACUCAGCCGAGAAGUUCAUGUACAUGGCCCAGAACCUGGACUUUGUGCUCGGCAACAACAUGAUGGUGACGGGCGGGGCGCUGGAGAGUCCCAUGGCAACCAUCACCAAGGUGACGCGCCGUCGCCACGAGAAUGCCCCGCACGGCGUCGCCACGGUCAACGAGUGGUUCAACUACGUGACGGCGAUGCGCAACGAAGAGCUGAACCUGCUGCGCAACGUGGAUGGGAACGCGACGGAGGGCGGCGCAGCCCAACGCAGUGCCAGCCUGUCUGGCGGGCCGCGCGGCGCGCCCAGCUACAACCACGAGACGGAGACCAUCUUCGCUCUGCCGCGCACGCAGCUACUCUUCAAGUCGGCCCAGCUGCAGGAGUCGGAGAGACCGUCCCUCCAGGAAGCAUCACGGAAGCCGAAGGUGGAGUGCAGCGUUGUGACGGAGUUCCGCGACCACAUCUGCGUGACGAUGGACGCCGAGCUCAUCAUGUUCCUGCACGACCUCGUCUCCGCUUACCUCAAGGAGAAGGAGAAAGCGAUGUUCACGACGCGCGGCUCGCUGUCUCGCGGGAGCCAGCGGAGCCCCACGACGGCGAAGACGGCCGAGCGAACCCCGAGCCAGGAAGUGCCGCCCCUGCCCCCCCCAACGGGCGGGGACAGCCGCGAGUUCGUGUGCAACACCUGGCAGCUGGAGCCAUCGCUCAGGCUCAUCUCGUGGACGGGCCAGAAGAUCGACCCCGUGGGCGUGGACUACAUCCUGCAGAAGCUGGGCUUCCACCACGCGCGCACCACCAUCCCCAAGUGGCUGCAGCGCGGCGUCAUGGACCCGCUCGACAAGGUGCUCUCCGUGCUCAUCGAGCGCCUCGUGCUGGCGCUGCAGCACGAGCGCGAGCGCAAGGCCUCGUCCAAGGACGAGCACGGCCCGAGCCAGCGCUGAGCUACCCCGCUCGGUCGCCCGCACGCCCGCGGCGACUCGCGUUCGCCCCCCACCCCCACCACCCCCUAGCCGCACCGACAUCGCUGGGAGGAGCGGGGGAGUGCGGUGGCUGCCGGCGCCGUGCCGCCCCCCCCCCCACCCCACGCUAGGCGUGUGCCGAGUUGGUAAUCGUUUUCCUCGUCGCGGUAAAGGUUCAGCCCUGCGUUGGCUUGCUCGCACCGCUGCUGACGGAAGGGUCUCCGCAGAAGGCAGCUCUGGAGAGAGCCUCUCUCGCGAGGGCAUUUUGGGCCUACUCUUCCACGCCGGCCCAUACGUCGUGGGAGAUUUUGUCCGAGUGCGAUGGCUUUCGAAACGAAUCCCGGUUUUGUACGAAAAGCUGUGUCAAUGGAGCCCACCGCGUACAAACCAGAGACGUUCACAGAACACAUUUCCCUCUUCUGUGCUGUGUGGUUUUGUUAUCUCUUCAAGCGACUGUGAAACUUGUAAAUUGCAUAAAAAAAAGUAUUGGCUGCAGCGAGUGCUAAAAGGUAGUGGGCACUUAAAUAAAUAAAUGAGAGCCAAUUAUUUGCACCAUCCAUUUAUUCGUUUGUUAUCCACAGUGGCAUGCCCGCAGCCAGCGAUUGCGAUCGCUGUUUAGAAAAAAACAGGUACAAAGUUUGUUUUGCGACGAUUGAACAUGACCCAUGUGUUGUGGUAGUUGUCGGUGACAUGAGGAAUGUGAUAUAUAGUUGGCUGUGGAGUCUGAGAUGUGUUCACAGUGGUGGUGUAACUUCACCGGCUUUAUUUAUCGCUUUUAAUCACACUCGCUCGGAAUUAUUUACAGUUGAGGCCAACAUAAGAAAGUGAAAUUCAUGGUAAAACUGGAUUAAAACUAUAAAACAAGAAAAUAAAGUUUUAAUAUAUAAACUAAUGUAAACUCUUUGUCCCGUUCUAAACAUAGCAAUUUGUAAAUUUGUUGAAUUAAAAUUAAAGAUGCUGUUCUUGUAAAGAAGAAAACAUUAUUCUUAGAUGCUACCUGCCAAAUCUCUUCUGUGUACUUGGCACAAACCAUCGCAGUUAAAUUAGGUGUAAUUUCAAUCAUAGUUUUACUUUAUUCCUAGCUUAACUAAUUUGAGUGCACACUUAACGCUUGGCGUGACCAAAUGUCCAUGCGGAUUGGUACCAGGAGCACCUCUUUAAGCGUUUAAUUGCCACGGGCAGAUUAGAGGGCCAACCGAGUCACAGGCUGUAAAAGCGUAGGAACGCGAACCGCAACCUCCUUCUGGACACGCCAUCAGCUCUUUGCCGCCUCGCCGUUGCCCCCACAUUGACCCGCAUUGCCAGGGUGUGCAGCGGGCCGCGUCUGACGACACGGGGGCCGGUUCGCUCCGCAGAUCCGCGCCGACGUGUCGCGUGCGUGAUUGAGCCGCUUGGCUUCGCUCAAAUACCCACGAGGGAGGGCAGGUGACCGUGCCUCUCCUGCUGUGACCACGCAGAACCUAAGCUGCUCGCCCCCCCGGAGAUUAUGUGCAGAUUUUUGGCUCGUCACCAGUCUGCCGCAGCUUUUCCUCGCCCCAGCGUGAUGCGACGUGGGCGUAGAGCUGAGAUUAAGUCCCCUGUUGCGCUCGGAGGGAUCCGCAGUCAAUGUUCAGCCACUUCCGUGGCGCCGGGCUGAUUAUCAACCGUUGUACAUAGCCUGGGAUAUGGUUACAUUCGUGCGUGUAGUCAUCGCACCAGGGAAUUGUAAUUCGUUUGUAUGUAUGUAUGUUGGACUUUGUAGCCAACCAUGAUAAUCGGAGGUAUAUGUAUUUAUAAUUGUAUGCAUAUGCAGCGUUCAAUAUUGACAUUGGUGUGUGUGAUUGAUCUAAAGAUGUACCUUCAUGGCUGGCUGCGGUUAGAGAGAAUUUUUCCAUAAAAAUGUAAAGCCACUUUUUAAUGUGGUCCUAAAUAGGCUGCUCAUGCUUUCACAACAGCAGGGCGAUAACAGGUUCUAAAACAACCCAAUAAUCCGUUAGAACCCCGCUCGCUGUCCCUUGUGUUUAUGGAGAAGGCUGUGAGAACACUCGUAUCAACUCCUCGGUGUUAGCACCUUGCUUUUGGCAAGCAGCUACAUCUUGAUGCCAUUGUUUUUCAUUUCGUGUUGUUUACCGCCACGCUGCACUGUUGAUUAAUAUUUCUUGUUGGACCGGUGGCUCGUGCAGUUGUAAAUAUAGUUGAGUGGAAUUCAAGGUUGUUGCUCAAAGUUCGGAAGCUCAAAUGUCACGCCAUCACGCGAGGAGCAAAGUGAUUUGAAUUCCGUGCAGUUUCCCAUCGGUCACAGAAAGUACAAGAAAUGUCACUGUCGCCGCCGCUACCUUCACCGCAGUUGCGGCCGCCCCUCGCCGCGGUGCCUCGGCGUCGACACAACCUGGCAUCGGGUGCAGUGUGGUCGCUGGAACGGCGCAGCGCCGUCAAAUAGAUCAAUGUCGCCAUGCGUGCGCGGUGAGAUUCGCUCACAUCUUGUGUACGCAGGCUCGUCGUGCAGGCGCUCAGUCGCCCUCUGGUGUGUUUUCGACCUGAAAUUAUCGAGGGAGAACGUGAGCUCCUUUAAUUCAGUUCCUGAUGAAGCUUUAGAGCUGAACUUUUGACAUCGUGCCGAACAACGCACGGUACCACUCGAAGUCACGUCGGGGAGCUUCACGCCAGCGUGCGAUUCUUGCCGCCGAGGCCUGGAGAUACCCGUCGGCAGUGCCCCAUCCCUGGGCGAGUCCGCAGCGGGGAUCGACAAGUGCCAACGGGAGCACGGGGAACGUUCGAGAUGGCAUUGUGGGCGUGACUGACUCUGAGGGAGUUGAUUGUGCGGGGUGCCGUGUGUUGAAUCCCGUGUCAUCGGCAUGUAAUCGAGACGCUAAAUUGAAUUUUCCACGUUCGCGUUACGGUGAAGGACCGUUUGGGAAUCUGCGGUUUUUUUUUGCGUCGGGUUUCUCUCUCGGUCUGACUUUGCACAGCCCCCCCCAGGCCAGCGUGGGCCCCACCCCCCUCGGAUUAUGGGCCUGCCUUGCUGUGCGCGUUUACCUGCAUCUUUUGCAAAGAGUUCUUUAUACCUGUGGUUCUUACAUCGCCGUUGCGAACGCGUCAUUAUUUUAUUCUGUCUUUGAGCACAUUAUUCAUCAUCUCUCGUGCUUUGGUUGUUUUUAAACUCGGAUCCUAAUGCGUCCAAAAUGUGAACAUGCGUUGGAAUAUCUGUGCUGUUUUUUAUUUUAUAUAAUUGGCACAAAAUCACAAUGUAACCUUUUUGGUGGUUGUUUAGAUGGAGGGGUGGAAUGGGGGGGAGGGGUGUGUGCUACAGCGAGAACAAAAACCAAACACAAGACAAACACGGAAAUAUUUACAUACACAUACACGCAGGUGACAGCGCCGUACGUUACCUUGGUCAUUAUAUCACAUAUCGUUGAAUCGUUGACAACACUCGCAUGAAUUUUAUUCAUUUUAUGGAUGAUGGCUGAUUCACAAAGGGGCAGGAGGGGAGGCAGAGCCAUGCCCCUGGUGCCUCUUUUCAUUUUGCCGAGCGGAACAACAUGUGUCUGCACGUCUGAAGGGUCAUCAAUACCCCUGCGUUGCUCCUUCACCCUCUGCACGUAUAUGAUUAUACCCCGAUGCUCGCUCCUGCUUGUUUCGGAGCGGGCAGGCAGACACGACGUUGCUAUUGAAAUGGCAUCCUCGUGAAAUCCCACUCCACGGAUCCCUCUUGGCUCAGCUGCCAUUCGCUCUCUUGGGUCAAAAUUGGGGCAACUUGCGUGGUCACACGCUGGCUUUUAUUCUGUGGUGAACCGCUGCGAGGGGUUCAGCAAUCGGGCAAUCAAAGCGGGGAAACUGUGUUCCGACGUGUGCCUGACAGCGCACUAACGGAGGAAUUCACAAGCGACUUCCCCUUGGGCAAUGUUCACAGGCUAAACGUGCGUGAUGAAAUUAACUUGCAACUCGCUUGUGUAUAUAUUUUUUUAUUUAAUAUUUUCUUUUUGUUCAUAAGUGGGUGUUUUUGGUAGGAUUUAGUAACACUGUUUUACUGCUGUUUUUCUAAUAGUUCUACCGAUUAUGUUGCCUUUAGCAAUGUUAAUCACGGGUGGUGACUCGUCAGCCUGAGGUACAUGGGAAUUAAUGAGCCACGGAUAACAGAGAGGGACCAUCCUAUAGACGUGCUUACGUCAUUUAGCCCUGUUAAUUUUAGCUUUAAGCCUCGAGCAAGGAGACACAUGGAUAUCAUAUUGUCAUUGUGUUGCGCAUUUAAGGAAAGCAGGGGGUCCCCCCCCCCACCUUUCUGUAAUCCUGCCUGCAUCGGCCUCCAGUCUACAACAACGUUUCGCUUCUGCAAUACUUCACACACUCGUGGUCAAAAUGUUACGCAGACGUAAGCGCGUGCUCGAUGGCACGCGCUCAGAGCUCGGUGACCGGUCCUUUGGGGGUCGGCCGCCAGUCACCCGCUCGGCCACUCGCGGACACUCGCGGCUUUAGUGCGCUCCCGAGCCACCGCGGAGGGCACGGAGUGUUGUUCACGACCCGCCGCUUGCGUCGCUUCGGCGGCCGUUUACUUCGCCCGCGGGCAUCGCAGAGUGACGCUGGCUUCAACCGUGCACUCCCGUGUGUUUCAAUUGGCCACUGUUGAGUUGUGUCUUUUUAAAACGCCUCGUGCAGCUUUUACGCGACCCUUAACAAAAAUUGUUCAAAUCCAAAAGCUAAAUCACAGACCAGUUGGUUUCUUUAAAAAAGAAAUACGCACGUGAUUAAAUAGAGGUUUUUUUUCUUUUUGUAAGCUUGCGCGUGCGUGUUGGAAAGAUGGUCUGGUGCGUGCCUCUUCAAUUUGAAACCUAAACGAGAUGCCCUGCACUGGCGACCCCACAGGGGCCGACGCGAGCGGCGUGCGUCAACCUCCACUGAGCAGAAUUCGUGAUGAGCCCCGAGGCGAGCAGCGCUGUGCCCUGUCAGAGGGAGGUGGCAGCGACGGGACACACCACGUGGCAGAAGAGUCCUUCUGCCACGUGGUGUGGAAGAGUCCUUCUGCCACGUGGUGUGACGGCAUCUGCUUAUUGAUUUGUUUGCACGAAUGAGCGUUUAGCGUUUGCCUGAGAUAACGCGACAGGUUACGUUGUGAGCACGAAUUAAUAUAAAAAACAACGUUAUUCUAGAAUUAGGGCACGGCCAAGUCCACUCGCACUAAACAGAGGCCAGCUCUGGUGGGUGAACGCAAGAGGUGAAAUGACUUGGUAAGCGGUUGUCAAGUCACGGUCUUCAAGACAACUGGCAGGGAGAGAGUACAAUAUUACUCGUAUUAACACCAACUACAUGCCCGCCUACCCCCCACUCCCGAGUAGUAUGUACUCAUGAGUCAUCUCAACUCCUGGGCGACUUUGUGGGGGCGUUGGUGUUUGGCAUUAUUCCGUUUAGAGUUGCACACAAACACACGUGUGUGUGUGCGUUACCACGAGAGUCGGAAUAAACAACACUCCGGUACCAGCGCUGCGUUCGUGUUAGGGGCACCCUGCCCUCUCUGUGCAUGUAACUAAUCAGUAAUAUAUUACAUUGGAAUUGUUCUGCUUUUAAACCGUAAUGAUUUUUUUUAUUUUGCCAAGAUGCUACCUACAGUGACUACGGUGGUGGUUGAAUACCUUAUGGUUUUGAUAUUAUUUUCCAUGGAUGUACGCUUGAUACUUUAUUUAAUUUAGAAACAGCGUUGCUUUAUAAACCCCGAUGUGUAGAAAACCGAUGCGCGUGGGACCGUGCUGCCGGGGACUGCUAAUAAGCUCGGAAUGUAGAAUUUCAAUAUCCUAGUCCCACUUUUAAUACAAUGUCAGUUUUCUCUCAUUUAGAGAGGGUGAUUUGAAAGAGCGAGAGAACAAGAGGAGAGGGAAACGUUUUGGGGGGGGGGGAGUGUGUAUGUGAGGGUGCGUGUGUGUGAGUCUGUGUGAGUCCGUGUGUGAGUCUGUGUGUGUCUGUGUGUGUGAGAGUGUAUGUGAGAGUGAGUGUGAGUGAGUGACUGUGUGUGAGUCUCUGUGUGUGCGUGCGAGUCUGUGUGAUUGUGUGAGAGAGUGUGUGUGUGAGUGAGUGUGUGUGAGUGUGAUAGAGGGUGUGUGUGUGAGUGAGUGACUGUGUGUGAGUCUGUGUGUGUGCGAGUCUGUGUGUGUAAUUGUCAGAGAGUGAGAGGGUGUGAGAGUGUGUGUGAGAGAGUGUGAGUGAGUGCGUGUGAGAGAGUGUGCGAGUGUGUGAGAGGGUGUGUGUGAGAGUGCUUGCCACCACCGCUGUGACGCCUGUGGCUUUGGAUGGCAGGUUUUUUGGAUCUGGCAAGUGUGCUCGGUGCAAUAGCUGUACUGGCCAGUGUCCCGUGAUGUUUAACAUGUUAUUAACAGACCAAACCUUGUGAUGUGAUCGUGCAAAACAAUAAUAGCGACUGGCGAACAAACAGAGCCGCCAUUCAUCACAAAACAAAUGUGAAUUGUCAACUUUGCUGCUUAUGGAGCCUUUUGUAAAAAUCAUCUCUUUUUUUACGAUUAAAUGUAUUUGUUAAUUGAUAUUGCUGGUUGUUUCAAAUGGGGUAAGCCACUUUGCGUGACUUUUUUAGUCGGACGGGUGCAUUGCUUAACUACUGCAUUAUUGUUUGUGUUUUGUAAUACAAUGUGCAAUUAAUACGGGCCUGUGGUUAUGAUCUUUGGUGUUAAUGUUUCUGAGAAAAUAAAACAUUCAGACAUUACCGGCCCUGUUGUUUUUCCCAUCAAUGUAUUUCCAACGCAAGCAUGCGAGUGCAGACGAAGGUUUCUGUUGCCAUCGUCUGGAAAUUGACUGGGCAGUAGUCGCGUGAUGAAUCGUAGAUUAAAAUUGAUUCUCCCACUCGCGAUACACGCAUCUAAGAAUCAAUUACUCUCAACUCGUGCACUCUGAAGCUGAUGGUCAACACGAGACAGACGACACAAGGCGGACCAUUCAAAUGAGACGCUACAUACAAGGCAGAAAAUUAUGAGUCCAAUCUUGAACCCGAAUCGUGACACACAAUUGAGGGAGGGGUGUAUAGCUCCACGUCUAUAACGGUAGACUUGGCCUUGCCUCUUAUCUUUGCCUGCAGGUCUUUCAAUUGACGUCUACGUGGCAGUAUGUGGUGCUGAAUAGAUUGCUGCAGGUGAUAAUGUGCAUUCGUUCUGUAUGGGUGGAGGUGCGUGUGUGUGUGUAUCAGAUGAUGAACUUAGCUUGUCACGGUUGUUUUUUAUAUGUGCUGUACAGUACUUUUAUUUCAUAUAACUUUGAUUUAUGUGAGGUGGUUUGUUGGUCUCAGUGGCAAAAUAUGUGCGUGUCUGUACACACUUACCGCUGUGCGUGCAUUUUUUCACGUCCAUGCAUUUCCACGUGCCGCUAUGCAUGUGCAUUAGUGGUGGUGGUGGUGUUGUGUGCAUGCUUGAGCGUGUGGGUGUGUGUAAGGAAGAGGGGUCGUAAGAUGCACUGCUGCUGCAAUCCUGGUUGAGCCAGUCUUUGUUCCAGCUCAUGCCAAUUGACAUCCGAAUGUGUCCUGGGCUAUCUCUAGGUCAACUCGGCCUAAAACGAGCACCGCUGCGCCGACAUCAACAUUGGGAACAACACGGAGGCGGCCGGGCGUGUUGCUGACACCCAACGCCCUCUCGCAGCAUCGUUUCAGAUCUCAAAUGCGGGAGAGGUCGCAAACGGUGGCACCCCAUCCCAACUAUCGGGAUAAAUCGCGGUCCUACUUGCAUGGCAACGAACGUGCACGUGGGCGCGUGCGAGCGCAUGUUCGUUCGCGCGCGUGUGCACGCGCCGCAGGGAUGUCAUAAGUGAGCGAUCCACUGUACGAGUCGGCAUGACCCAGGGCAUGGUGCCGCCUGCUUCUCAAAUUGAAUCUUUGUUUAUUUAUUUAAUUGCUCUUUGCGUGCGUGUGUUUGUUAUUUCAGUGCACUGGCGUUAAUGUGUACGAAGGGACACAUCGGCCGCCUUUUAGGCCUCUCUCAAAUUAAUCUAAAGUAUUUAUUUUGCUCUCUCGCUGUAACCAAAUCGUCUACAUUACUCAUUCAUACUGAACAAAAGUCAGAAUUGCUGCAAUGUGCUGUGACAUGCUUUCUGCCAGUUCCAACUAGGAGCAUCCGAUGCAUGCCCCCUUGAAUGCAGUGUGCAUGAGGGUUACCACCUUGCAUGCAGUGUGCAGGAGGGUUACCACCUUGCACAUCAGAAAGCGCCAGGUCACCUCUUGUCCAACGUGUGGCUGCGUGAUGAAAUUCCAUAAAACCAAGUCACCCUUGCAAUAACAGGUAAUGCAUACUCUUGACUUAAAGCUUUCGUGACUGCAGGAAUUCAUAUUCUUGGGUCACGGAGAUAGAUUCAAAGAAAAUAACAAAAAAAUAUUUUUGUUAUUUUCUUUGAACCUAUCUCAAAUAACAGGUGAUGGGGUGGUAGGAGGAAGGAACCGCUUUCGCGCUAAUUGUAGCGUCGAUUAAAAAAAACAUGUUUUUGUAUCAACGUUGAUGGGUGAAUUGACGACUUUAAAAACAUCACUAACGUUAUUAUUUACAAAUAAAUUGUAUGGAUGUUUUCAUGAGUUUUGCUGUACUUGGACUUGUGAUGGCAGACAUUUAAGCACCGUUAUUCUGCAU